AUGGGGGACUUUCAGUACUUUACAGAAUUUAUGAAAAAAUGGUUAACGGAAAAAGGAGCAUCUAAGACGAACGCGAAUGUUUUAUUGGAAAGAAUAAAAGAAGGUAUGGGCGAUAUUCUGGAGAAUAUAUAUGAGGACGCGGAGGAGGAGAAACAAUACUGCAGCAUAAGGGACACGAAAGGUAAAGAAAUAUUGAAGGAUGAAAUAAGUAAAGCUUUAUGCAAAAUUUUAAUUAGAAUAUUCUACUGGAUGGAUGGAUUAAGACAGAAGGGAAAUAAAAAGGAAGAAAUAUGGGAAUGGGAAAGAAGAGUGCUGACCGAUUCAGCUGAGAAGGAACUGCAGGAUUACUUAAGAUGUAUAGUGGGCAAAAUAGUUAUUGUAAGAAUGUUCGGUAAACAUUGUAGGUUGAAUGAAGUUACUCCAAUUGUAAAAAAGGCAAUAGAAGGUAAUAUAGGGAAGAAAGGUGUCGAGAAAGAACAUAAGAAAUGUGAGGAAAUGGACUUUGAAAGUUUGAAAAUUGGCGGGAAAAUUUUCUGGGAAGAAAUAGAAAAGAGCAUAGAACGGAAUAAUGAAGGAGGAGAAACUAUUAGGAAAAUAAAAAAGCAGGGACAAUGUGGAGGUAAUGAUGUUACUAAGCGAACAGAAGAUAAUAACACAGAUGACGAAUGGAGGAGUACUAUUGAACUGCUUGGAUUGAAUAAUAAGGAUCAUCUGCAAGGAUUGAUCGCUGAUAGUGAUACGUGGUCAAAGGGAGGAUUAAACAAAAUACUGUGUUACAUGAAGGAUAAAGGGGAUAUUGAGGAAGUAAAAAAAAUAUUAGUGCUGAAGCAUCAUGAAUUGGGGGAGAUAUAUAAGGAAUCGGUAAAGGAAGCUAAGGAUAGUCAAGAAGAUAGAUGUGGAAACGAUCCUACCAUUAGCGGAACUAAUGAGGAAGAUAGUUCACCUCCAUCUACCAUCCAAACAUUUAACGGAGGACAGAGUAGUAAGUCGUCCACUCCAGGUUCUGACCAGGCUGAUCAUCAGAAACCCACUUCUUCCGGCCCCGGAUCCACAAGUACAAAGGAUACAUCCCCAGCACAGGCAACACUUGCAGAAGUUACUGAUAAGGGCGAUAAAAAGAAUGAACCUGUAAAGGAUGGUCAGGGUGUUCAGCAUCCAAACCAUGUUGUAGGGAGCUCAGGUGCAAGUGGUGAUGAUAAAAGUGAAGCAGCCGGCGGUGCUGAAGCUGCAGGUCCAGCAGGUCCUGUUGAGCCUCAAGCUCAGCCCAUUGAACCCCGAACUGGAACAGUUGAUGCAAGUAGUAGUAGUACCCAUCAACCUAGUGGUGCAGCUGGUACCGGUGUACUUGGUGACUUGGUACCGGGUGCUGGUGUCCCAGUAGCUGUUAGUCCUGCUACUAUUGCUGGAGGUGGUGGUCCAGGUGGUCCUCAAGGUCAAUCUGGUUCUACUGGUAAUCAGAACACUGGUAGUCCAAGACCAGCACCACCACAAGAAGCAGCAGGUAGAAGUAAAGCACAGAAAGUAGUAAAUGUAAAGGAGGAAGGAAUGGACAACCCUUCCGAUUUCCUUGCUCCAUACCUUCCUACCAUUCCUGUACUGAUCGGAACUGUUGCUAUUGCUUUCCUCCUUUUGAAGUAUUUCGGAAUGUUCGGCCCCCAAAAAAAGCGUUACAAACGUAUGACACAAAUACCCGGUCCUCCUUUAGAGGAACACAGGGACGGAUCGGAUGUAACGAUAUCUUACGCACCUUAUGAAUAUAUCCUAAUGAAAGAAGGAAAAGGUCACCCUCUACAUAGUACAGAAAUGCAGCAAGAAGAACAUGUCAAUCGAAAGACUAUUAUUGAUAUUCACUUAGAAUUACUAAACGAAUCCCAAAACCAAAACGAAGAGCCCGAAUUAACGAACAGAGUCGAUUUUCUAGAAAAUAUCAUGGCAGAAGAAUUCAUUAAAGAAGAACACACA